AGGUCGGACGGGCUAUAUAUUGAAACGUUAUCAAUUUCUCAGUAUUACAUGCUUUAGUGCGGCGAUCUGCGUAAUUGGGUGGGAGAGGAUCUCCGAUUUUAUAUUUUAAUAUACUUUUAUAGAAGCUAAGAUCAAUUAUAUUAAAUAAAAGCAUGAAUAUUGCAGCAGCAUAUUCAACAUAUAUAUUAGUAAUUUUACUAUCUGCAGCAUUAAGUGCAGACAGCAUUUCAUAUAGAGAUGUGCUGUUACAAGAAUGGGAAGUAUUCAAAUUGACACAUGGUAAACAAUAUGAACCUUUAGAAGAUUCCUUUCGAAUGAAGGUAUUUAUGGACAACAAGCAUAAAAUUGCCAAACAUAAUACUUUAUAUGAAAAAGGUAUAAAGAAAUACAAAUUAGCAAUGAAUGAAUUUGGUGAUAAGCUUCAUCACGAAUUUAUUCGGAAUAUGAAUGGUUUUAAAAGACAAUAUCGAAACCAGUAUGAAAAUGGCUCUACUUAUCUUUCUCCAUUAAAUGUUGAAGUUCCAAAAUCAGUUGACUGGCGUCAAGAAGGUUAUGUUACUCCUGUCAAAAAUCAGGGAGAAUGUGGCUCCUGUUGGGCUUUUAGUACAACUGGCAGUUUAGAGGGACAACAUUUUCGUAAAACUGGUGUAUUAGUUUCUCUAAGUGAACAGAAUUUAAUAGAUUGUUCUAAAAAAUAUGGUAAUGAAGGUUGCAAUGGUGGUUUAAUGGAUCAAGCAUUCACUUAUAUAAAACAAAAUCAUGGAAUUGAUACUGAAUUAUCCUAUCCCUACGAAGGAAAGGAUGGGAAAUGUAGAUUUUCUAAAAGAACUAUUGGAGCUAGUGAUACAGGAUUUGUAGAUGUUCCUGAAGGAAGUGAAAAAAAACUGAAAGAAGCCGUUGCUACAGUUGGUCCAGUAUCUGUUGCAAUUGAUGCCAGUCAUGAAUCUUUCCAAUUUUAUAAUGAAGGUAUUUAUGAUGAACCAGAUUGCAGUUCUGAAGAAUUAGAUCAUGGUGUUUUAGUUGUAGGUUAUGGAACUUCUGAAGAGGGAGAUGAUUACUGGAUUGUUAAAAACAGUUGGGGAACAACAUGGGGAGAUAACGGCUAUAUCCUUAUGAGUCGUAAUAAGAAAAAUCAAUGCGGUAUUGCUACUCAAGCUAGUUAUCCUUUGGUGUAAAUUAUAUAUAAACAAAAUUUUAGAUGCAAAUCAACGAAAGAAGUUUUACAAAGUUUCGAAAAUAUCUACAAUCCUGUAUGGUUGAUUUGUCAUCCUAUACUUACAUUGGCAUACUUUAAUCUGUGUUUCUUAUGUUGUUUUAACUUUAUCAGUCUUAUGUUACAACAGUUUAAGGUAUUGUCAUUACAAAUUGAUUCCACAAUAUAUUUUUUUAUAUUUUUAAAUAUAGGAAACCCGUUUAACGACUCCAUUUUUAAUUUUUUAUAAACAAAUUAAAACCAAACUUGAAAAUCGUUGCUGU